AGUACGGGCGAGUUCUCGAUCAAGGUUCCAAAUAGAAUGCUGUACAGAAAAGGAGUGCAUGUUUAGCAUUGAGAACCAUGGGCCUGCCUUCUACAAGAAGAAACAAUUACCCUCUAAGAAAUUAUAAUGUUUCAUGUCUUCUGUGAAUUUGUAUCUACUACAGCAAGACUGCCGACAAUUUUCAGAACGUGCGUAAUUGAUUAAAUGGAAAAUGCUGUCAGCUGACAACAUAGUGCGAGUGUGCGACCAACAAAAACAACAACAUUGAAACGAAAAGAAAGGACGUCCAAGAAGAAGCAACGGUUUAGUGUGGUGUUAGACUAUAUGAUGAGAUGCAACCUUUUGUUGCUCUUUCUACUGUUAGAAAAUGUAACAUUUUAUUUUGCUACAUAAAAACGCAUCUGAUUAUCGCGUAAACCACUGGGACUGUAUUCAUGUAUGUUGUUUCGAGAGACCGUUACUUUCCAUCAAAUAAACUGUGAAAUAACGAUUUAUUCAGUCAAGAAGCCACACAAAACGACUUGCCAAGUACUUACGAACCAUGAUUAAAUUCCAUAAUUCGGACCUAUGGAUUGCUUGGCUGGUUUUAUUUUGCAUGGAAGGUUCAAGAUUUGAUCUGCACACAGGAACAGUGAGCGUGAGGGCAUUGGAUGUCACAGUGACCCAGAGCAGCAUACAGGUAGCCCGCGGCCAGGCGGCCAUCUUGCCCUGCUCCUUCUCCACCAGCGCUGCCCUCAACAACCUCAACAUUAUCUGGAUGGUCAUCCCGCUGUCCAAUGCCAAUCAGCCCGAACAGGUGAUCAUCUACCAAGGUGGCCAAGUGUUCAGUCUAGCCAACCACUUGAAUGGCCGGGUGGGUUUCGUGGCCACCAUGCCCAGCACAAGUGCCUCUAUCUUCAUCAACAACACCCAGCUGUCAGACACGGGGACCUACCAGUGCCUGGUCAACAACCUCCCCGACAGAGGGGGGCGCAACAUCGGGGUCAUCGGCCUCACCGUGCUGGUGCCCCCCUCGGUGCCUGCAUGCCGUGUCCAGGGCACACUGGACGUGGGCGCUGACAUCAUGCUGAUGUGCAGCAGCGAGGAGGGGAUCCCCACGCCCACCUACGCCUGGGAGAAGCUGGAGUCGCUGCCCAAGCUGCCCCACACCGCCAUGCAAGACCAGAUGCAAGGGACCGUAACACUGAGGAACAUCAGUACCAGUACCUCUGGUCUGUACCAGUGUACAGCCUCCAACGCCAUCGCCAAGAGCACCUGUCUACUCAACCUGCAGGUUGUGGCACCCCAGCCCCAGAGAGUGGGUCUCAUAGCUGGCACCAUCGCCACGGGCGUGCUGGCUGUCAUCAUCUGCUCCCUACUGGUGCUGGUGACACUCUUCUACUGGAAGAACAAGAACAAAUACGAGGAGGAGGAGAUACCCAACGAGAUCAGAGAGGACGACCUGCCCCCUAAGAGGUCGUCGUCAGUGAAAGCGUUUCACGCCGACGCCUCAUCCUCGGAGAACGACACCCUGACGUCCACCAACACCUACAACAGCCGCUAUUGGCACAACCCCAAGCCCAGCUACGACACCAACUCCUACACCCGCUACAAUGGCGACACACGCCAGACGUUCCCUACGGGGCAAGCGGGUCACACAGGUCAAACGGGGGGACAUGCAGCUCACACAGGACACGGGACACUGGCUCCGCCAGGCUCCGCCCCCCUGGCAUGUCAGUCCUACUCCAAUGGUAGCCACACCCUCCCCCCGCCCAAGACUCUGGUGGUCACCACCAACUCCGCCCCCUCCCCGCCCACCAUGGUGCGCAGCAAUGGCUCGGUGAGCCUGAAGCCCGUGACGGUGGCAUCACAUGGCGGGUACACGCACUCGUACGCCGUAAGCCAGGCCACGCUGGAGCGCAUGGGCGCCGUGCCCGUCUUGGUGCCAGCCCAGAGCAGAGCAGGCUCUCUGGUCUAAAGUAAACUCUUACUGGGUUGCACCAGCCUGCCUCCCCACUUCGUCUCUGUUUCUCCCUUUUUUUACUCAUUAAAUGGGAUUUUACAUUACCGACUUCAUCUAAUGCCAACGUCUCCAAGUACAGGAUCCCGUUUCAAAGCAGCACCAGGUGUUCUAUUCCUAUUGGUUGGUUUUGUAUCUCUUCUUGGGUAUGGUUUUCUCUCACUGGUUCCUUGCAUUAAAUGGCUGUAACCAGUGGGAUUAUCGUACAAAAGUCACACAUAAUCAUAUGACGUUUCAGGUGACUGUGACUGUGUGUUUUGGACUCAUCACGACAGUGAGCAUUAACCGUUUAAUCUCUGUGUUUUAACCACACCUAGACGCUCCGAGCCCUGCAAGUCCCAUAAAGAAGCAUCCGAACGAGCAUGUACUGUAUAUUCCAUUGAAAACAAACAACCCGGAUUCUUGCUAUUAUUUCAUAUCACUCAGCUAUUGCGGUGAUUAUAAUCGUUUUGUAUCUUUCUUUUUUUUUAAAUGACAGAUGUUCUUUGAUUCACUGUAGUGGUCUUAAAUGAACAGAACCAUAGUGGUGGAAAUGGCCUUAGAAGAGCAGAGAGUUACAGGGAUUUCUGGUGAAGUACCAAAUGGCAAAGACAACAGAAUGGCACAACACAGUAAGCUGAUCCUGUGACUGGACAGGGGGGGGUUUCUGAUUCUGUCCAUUAGCUCCGACUUCAACAUGUUCAUACGUUUUGUUUUGCACGGUAACACACUUUCAUCGAAAAGCUCCUCUGAAGUCAUGCCAUUACGAACAGUGUACACAGAUAUAUUUCUAUGUGUUCAUUAUGGAACGGUCUUACCUAUGCACCCCCCCCCCCCCCCCCCCGUUACCUCUACAGCGUUACAAAUGGAAGAGAUGGAGCCUCUCCAGCACAAACCGGUAAGGGUUCGGAAUUUACAUUGAUUAGGUCCAGUAUUGGUAACUAUGGUCUUACCUGAAGAUCCCAUUAUGCUAAAACACCUUUCCCUGAAACUUGAAUCUGCAGUUUGAGUCGUACUGACCGUGUUUUAUGGAAGUACGUGCUAUUGUCAACCUGCUAUUGAUUUGUUUUAACAAAACCCAAAUCUCACAUCAGUGUUGUUGGACAAGAAAACAUGUGGGAUAUCUUAUUUCAUACAUCCUUUCAGAAAAUGUAUAUUUAAAGGGGAUUUCCCUUGAGAAUGCUAACAAUCACUGUUUUGUACCUACUGGAAUUAUUGUAACUACUGGUAGGCUAGAUUGUGAAUUUAAGAAUAAUACUUUUUUUAAAAUUUUAUCUCCAAUGGAUGCAUAUUUUACAACUCAUGCGGCUUAAUUUAAGAGGUCUAUUCAUUUCUGUUAACAGACACUAAACUGGGUUUUGUAGGAUGUUGUAUUGCGUCUGUAAAGAAGGGAUGUCAUUUUUUAGGUGUCCUCUGUGGGUGAAGCUGCAUGUUUGGGCAGUGCAAUUCAUACAAAAUCACCGUAUCACCGAAACCCGUAUACUAAAAUGACUGUCUGUGUCUGUUGAUUGUAACAAUGAUUUAACAUACAUUUAAGGCAUACUCUACCAAUUGUUUUCCAGGGCACUUAGAUUUUUUUCACAGUUACAAAUUCCAGCAUUAAAAUAAGUUAACUUAAGUAUCCCCAAUGGUAGUUGAAAAUGAAAUGAAUACCACCUGUUAAUGAAAAAUCUAGGUUUGUUCCAGCAGUGUUGUAAUGUGUUGCUAUUGGAGGUAAGAACGCUUCGAGGACCAUCUUUUUUUAUAUACCUGAAACUAACUGCUGAUUUAGGUUUUUAUAUUCAUUUGACAAAAUGAUCUGUCCUGCUCUUUGCAUUUAAAGUCUUAUUAAUAUUGAACUUAAUCUCUCGCUCGAAAGACAAAUUGUUUUGAUAUUGUGUGAUAUUACAUUUAAAAAAUUGUACUAUUCAUUUCAACCAACAAAAAAACAACACUUACUCCUGAGGGAGAAAAAAAACGUCUCUUGUAUUUGGGGUCAGUAUUCUUUCUCAUUCAGUCUUUACAUAUACUGCACCCAAUAAUAGCUGUGGUCUCCACAGUAUGAAUUUGGCCAUUCAAUGUGCUCAAGUUAAGUGUUAUUGAAGUUAAUUGAAAUAUGCCCCAGUAAGAAGCCAUUAGACGUAUUCAAUUAAACCUCCUCAAGUAAAGCAAUAUGGAUGGUGAGCAGAACUUUCUAUCCUGAAGCAAUAAAGAUCAACCAGGUGAAGCACAUUAGGAGGACUGUUGAUGUGAAAGAUAGACCUUUAUCAAACGGUUCCUUUUCUGUCACUCACUCAGCUCAUUGGCUUAUGUGUUGUCUCAUUCCCUCCAUCAGGGAACCAAGAUUAUAUUCAUAACUUAAUCAUGCGGCCAUGAGACUAAAACACUGUUCAGUAUUAUCAGGUAAUACGCACAACUUUGGAGAGUAUUCUUUGAGUUUGUUUGGUGUUCAGAGACUUGUUUCAACGUCAGAGUGCAUCCAUAUGAUUUAUGUAUGUACUCUUUUAUGUACAGUGCCUUCAGAAAGUAUGCAUACUCCUCGACUUGUUACACGUGUUGUGUUUCAGCCUGAAUUGAUUGAAAAUGAAAUACAGAAAUAUCUAUUUACAUAAGUAUUCACCGCCCUGAGUCAAUACAUGUUAUAAUCACCUUUGGCAGUGAUUACAGCUGCCAGUCUUCAAGAGCUUUGCACACCUGGAUUGUUCAAUAUUUGCCCAUUAUUCUAUUGAAAAUUCUUCCAGCUCUGUCAAGUUGGUUAUUGAUCAUUGCUACACAGCCAUUUUCAAGUUUUGCCAUAGAUUUUCAAGCAGAUUUAAGUCAGAACUGUAACUCGACCACUCAGGAACAUUCACUGUCUUCUUGGUAAGCAACUCCAGUGUAGAUUUCUGGCCUUGUGUUUUAAGUUAUUGUCCUGCUGAAAGGUUAAUUAUUCUCCCAGUGUCUGGUGGAAAGCAGACUGAACCAGGUUUUCCUCUGGGAUUUUGCCUGUGCUCGGCUCCAUUCCAUUUCUUUUUUAUCCUGAGAAACUCCCUAGCCCUUAAUGAUUACAAGCAUACCCAUAACAUGAUGCAGCCACCACUAUGCUUGAAAAUAAUGUGUUGUAUUGGAUUUGCCAAAAACAUAACACUUUGUAUUUAGUAUAAAAAGUUAAUUGCUUUGCCACGUUGCAGUAUUACUUUAGUGCUUUGUUGCAAACAGGAUGCAUGUUUGGAAUAUUUGUAUUCUGUACAUGCUUCCUUCUUUUCACUCUGCCAAUUAGGUUAGUAUUGGGGAGUAACUACAAUGUUGUUGAUCCAUCCUCAGUUUUCUCCCAUCACAGCCAUUAAACUCUGUAACUGGUUUAAAGUCACCAUUGGUCUCAUUGGGAAUGCUCUGAGUGGUUUCCUGCCU